CAAAAUAAACUCCAUUUUAUAAAGAAAAAGAGUGCAAUUUGACCCUCUGCCAUUUUCUGCACUCUGCCAAUUGGUGGGGUGGGUGGCCGUAUAAUGUUAAACAAAUUGCAAGUGCAUCCAUUCCUAGUCGUCUCAAGGUUCUGUCUUUACGCACCAGAUCUCAAAAAAAAAAAAAAAAAAAGGCCAUCAUCAUAACAAAAUCCGAAAUCACGGGAGCAAGCAUUACCAGAAUCCUCUUUAGAUAAGGUCAGCAGAAUCUCCGAGAUUUACAGAUGCAAGGAAGUUAAUUUACCACUAAUAACUGAUUAUGGGUUCUCUGUUUGUUAUUCUGAAAACAGAGCAAAUGAAAUUGGAUGCGAAUAUGGUACAGAUUCACAGAGAAGGAAUCAAAAACCACGGGUUCGUUUUAGUUUUUAUGUAGGUAGGUCUUAAAUGGCGCCUUUUUGACAGUUGUGAGAGAUCCUCACCAGAUGUGGUAUCUCUAUUACGACGUUAAUGGCGGGCGGAGAUAAAACUCAUCCUCCCCCAAAACAGGAAGGAAAAAGAUAGGCAAGUAGACAACUGACCAAGUUUAAUUGCCAACCCGACAAUAUAGCAGAUUCAAUUGCACACCGCUCUCCUCCAACCAACAUAUUCUGGCAAAGGUUUUUGCCAUUAAAGAACUCCCACCUUUCCAAUCCCUCUUCACAUGUCCAAUUCACCAUUUAACAACCGCCCACCACUCAGUUCAUUACUACAUUGCAUCUAAACUCGAUACUCUCUGUCAUAAAUUUCACAUAUUCUCUGCAAUCGACGACGAAUCCGAGGCCACAAGGCCUCCAAAAAAGACAUGUCUUUCUCAGUUGAGGCAGCCCCUCCUCCUCAGCGCAUUGUUCUUGACGAUGAGAAGGAAGAAGAAGUGAACGACAACCCAAUCGAGCAAGUCCGGCUAACGGUGCCAAUCACCGACGACCCGACCCAACCGGUCCUCACUUUCCGAACAUGGGUCCUCGGAAUUUUAGCCUGUGCAAUUCUUUCCUUCGUCAACCAAUUCUUCGGCUACCGUCAGAACCAGCUCUUCGUGGGCUCGGUUUCGGCUCAAAUCGUGGUGCUUCCAUUGGGCAAACUAAUGGCUGCAACUCUGCCCACUAGGAAAUUCAGAAUCUCCCCCUUUUGGGACUACACAUGGUCGCUGAAUCCGGGGCCGUUCAACAUGAAGGAGCACGCUCUCAUCACCAUCUUUGCCAGCUGCGGCUCGAGCGGCGUCUACGCCGUUAAUAUCAUCACAAUCAUCAAGGCGUUCUACAAGAGAGGCCUCCAUCCUGGUGCUGCUUUCCUCCUGGCACAGACAACUCAGCUGCUCGGCUAUGGAUGGGCAGGGCUCUUCCGCAAAAUCCUCGUCGAUUCGCCCUUCAUGUGGUGGCCGGCUAAUUUGGUCCAGGUUUCCUUAUUCAGGGCUCUGCACGAGAAGGAGAAGAGGGCGAAAGGUGGAUACACGAGGCUACAGUUCUUCACCAUUGUCUUCAUUUGCAGCUUUGCUUACUACGCAUUUCCCGGUUACUUCAUGCCUUCGAUUUCGACCAUAUCGGUGAUUUGCCUGGUGUGGAGCCGGUCCAUUACCGCGCAGCAGGUUGGGUCCGGGAUGAGUGGACUUGGCCUUGGGAGUUUCGGGCUCGAUUGGGCCACUGUUGCUAGCUUCCUCGGUAGUCCGAUUGCCAAUCCUCUGUAUGCCAUUGUGAAUUCAUUUGUUGGGUUUGUGCUGCUGAUCUACGUGGUUCUGCCCAUUGCUUACUGGGGAAACGUUCACCACGCGAAACGUUUCCCCAUCUUCUCGUCGGGGACAUUUGACAGUACCGGGCACCCUUAUAACAUUACGAGGAUACUCAAUGAUAAGAGUUUCGACAUCGAUUUGGCGGCUUAUGAUGGUUACAGCAAGAUCCAUCUCUCCAUCUUCUUUGCCUUUGUGUAUGGGCUGAGUUUCGCUACUCUGACUGCUACCAUUUCACAUGUUGCCCUCUUCGAUGGACAAGUGAUUGUGGAUCUGUUCAAGAAGGCGACAGCAGCAAGCAAAGCGCGGUUCGCUGAUGUGCAUACUAGAAUAAUGAAGAAGAACUAUGACGUUGUACCACAAUGGUGGUUUAUUCUUGUACUGAUAUUGAGUUUCUUUAUGGCUUUGUAUGCCGUUGAGGGUUUUGGGCAGCAACUGCAACUUCCCUGGUGGGGACUCAUCUUUGCCUGUGUCCUUGCUAUGGUUUCCACUCUUCCAAUCGGUAUAAUUCAGGCCACUACAAACAAUCAAAUCGGACUAAACGUGAUCACGGAGCUGAUGAUCGGUUAUGCUUACCCUGGAAAGCCUCUAGCCAAUGUGGCAUUCAAGACCUAUGGCUACAUCAGCAUGGCCCAAGCUCUCUCCUUCGUGGAAGACUUCAAACUCGGACACUACAUGAAAAUCCCUCCCAAAUCCAUGUUCAUCGUCCAGCUCGUUGGUACGCUAGUUGCUUCGAGCGUCUACUUCGCCACAGCGUGGUGGAUACUCGAGAGCGUGCCCCACGUCUGCGACUUGGACGUCCUGCCCGAGGGGAGUCCAUGGACGUGUCCCGGCUUCGAUGUGUUCUACAGCGCGUCGAUCAUCUGGGGAGUGGUGUCGCCACGAAGAAUGUUCGGAGACCUAGGCAUCUACAGAGAGCAGUACUGGUUCUUCCUGCUCGGCUUGCUUGCUCCGGUCCCGGUUUGGCUGCUGUCCCGCAAGUUCCCAAACAAGAAAUGGAUCAAGCUGAUUCACAUGCCGCUGAUCCUCGGAGCGUCGGCCAGCAUGCCACCUGCGAGACCGGUUCACUACUGGAGUUGGGCAGCGGUCGGGUUUUUCUUCAACUACUACGUCUACAAGAGGCACAAAGGAUGGUGGGCUAGACAUGCCUACAUACUGUCUGCUGCAAUGGAUGCAGGGGUUGCUUUCAUGGGGAUUCUUCUCUUCUUCGCGCUCCAGUCGAAGGACAUCUAUGGCCCGGAGUGGUGGGGUCUCGAUGCGUCGGACCAUUGCACGUUGGCUAAGUGUCCCACUGCGCCGGGCGUCCAAGUCAAGGGUUGCCCUGCCAUUUCCUAACUCUGUAGCUACUAGCUAGCCUAGUUUCCUUGUGAUGUUUCAUAUGUUCUCUUUUCUACGUUGGAAAGUCAUGUUGGUGUGGAUAUAUUGAUCGACUGGUUGUGAAGAAGAAUGGAGAAAGGAAGCCCCUCUUAGGAUGAAUCAUCUGUCUCAUUAAACUUUAGAUACAGAUACAAAGUUGUCCAUACCAUUUACUAACAACAAACUUCAGUUGGAAAUUAGUGCAAUGCAUAAUGAUGAGAGAGUUUAUGUGCCUAAUAAACCUGGCAAUGUAGAAUUCAAGUUCAGGACACAUUUUCUGAGUCUUUGAUGAAAUUUUGUUUUUGGGUUCUCUGGUUUAUAAACAAAGAGCUCCAGAUACUACAACUCUGGCACAUGCUCUGUUUUAUCAGUUACUUUUCUACUUGGUGUUAAAUUAAGAACUAGAAUCAAUACCCGCGGUUACUUCACAGGGAGUAUUUGGUUAUAAGACAGAAAAUUUGGUUGGUUAUAGAUGCUAACUAAAGUUGAAUUCGAAUUUUACGAUUAAUAGUUAAUCGAGAACAAUAAAAUGAAGGAAUAGAAUAGUUGUAGAUUUGGUUUUAGAUAAUCUUUGGUGUAUGGUGUAAGUGCACAACAAACUGCAAAACAAAAGCCUGAGAUAGUCGAAAAAUUAAACUACCCCAAAGCCCAAUGGCCUACACCAUUAGGUAACCUAAACAAAAAAGAAUGACAAAUAGGUUAAUUGGUUGAACACGGUUAACCGCAACAAGAACAACAAUUACAAUUGCUAAAAUGACAAUAAUUCGAUUUUGGAUAACCAACCAAUUCAGUUUGAUUAACAUAAACUGAACCGAGGUUCAACCCUAUUUGGUUAAUGUAUAGACAUGUUUAGUGUCAAUCCAAUUCGACCCACACAUCACCCGAAACACAUGGAUUUAUGUGUCUUAUAAUUUCAUUUGGGUCGUACAUAACUUGACCUAAGGCAUAUGAGUUGCAUGGUUAAGAGGGUUCAAAACUAACUCACCCUGAUUCAUGUAGACCCCUAAUCAUAGUUCAUUUUAUUGGUCUCCUUUCCUUAAAACUAACGAAAGGAAAGAAAAACAAUGAAGUACGCAAUAGAUGCCAAACAAUAUAGAACAAAUUAAAAAUUGAUAAAAAAACUUGUUCUACAUUUACAUGACAUAAAAUCUUGGCAGGUCCAACCAAACUGGGAACAAAAAACUCUUAUUUGCUUGUUAUCUACCUGGCCUUUCUUGAUAAAUGGAGAGUGAAUUAGCAUUUGAUACCUCAUAUCUCUUUCAACUUUCGCCAUCCAUUAUAUUAUUAACCAUUUUUAUAGUUGAUGAUUAUUUCCAACAAUACUUAGUUACCUAGUCACUAGUAAAAUGAGGAAUGAACAUAUUUAUUAAGUUUGUGUAUCGAGUGAACAAUGCAUAAAUAAGAAAGCUACGCCUAACCAUCACAACUCAUAUCAUAAAAACUCUUGGAGAAAACGGGUAAAAUUAAAAAAAAAUCUUUGAAUAAUAACAUUCAACAUUUUGUGAGUGAGGAAGAGAGUUAGAAGGUUAUCAAUCGAGCACCAAUUCGACUUUGAUCAUGAAACAUACAAUGAAUUAACCACUACAUGAAGCGAUUCCAUAUUCAUAUGAUUAGCGAAUUCAACAUUAAAAGUGAUGCAUACAUAUGAUUAUUAUUCAUAAGCCUAACAUGAACAACACCUCGCCUCUAAUUCACUAACAAUUUUUUUUUAUCAUUGUCCACACAACUUAAGACAUCACUAACCGUUGUCUCUUGUAAGUCCAAUUUAUUAACAAAAAAUAAAGAACAUUCAUAAUAUAAUUUAUUGGAUCCAAGUUCUAUCAACCAGUUAACUCGUUGGAUACACAAAUCCGAUCAAGUAAGUAAAGAUGGAAGCAAAAU